UUUCAUUUAAAUUGGAGGAGCAGAUUCCUUGCUGGCCUCAGAGAGAAGUGCGGCUCCUUGUCCUUCCUCCCUACCAAGAGUUUCCUGGGUCUCCCCUGAAGCCAAGAUGAAAGUCUUCUUCAGCCUGAUCGUCUUCUCUCUCGUGCUGGUUCCAUGUCAAGCAUGCUAUCUGGUUGACUUUGAGCUUCAAGCUAAACCUGGUCAAUACGUGCCACCAAACGUAUGUCUUGAUCUCUAUGAUCGGAAAAUGCAUCUCAUUGGGUCCCAUUGGAUCGCAGAGGAUUGUUAUAGGUGCCACUGUGGUAGAGAUGGAAUGUUCUGCUGCCACGGAGAAAUUAAAGAUACUCCAGGGUGCAAAUGGCAGGUAAAUCAUACGACAUGUGAAUAUGAAUACUAUAAACUUGAUGACCCAACGCAGCGCUGUGAUGUCUGAUCUCUUCGCGUGGACAAACUGGAAUGAAUCUCUCAUGUGUAAAUGAACCUGAAUAAAUCUCUCAAAUCAGCAUCUAAAACCA